AAAAUGAGGGCGGGCUUUCCUUUGAGAUUGUUGUGGUGGGGUUGUACAUUUUUUUAACUUUAUGUUCGCACGUGUGUUACUGUCAUCGGUCAGGUGUGGAUAUCAAAUCUCCAAAAGGAAGCUAAGAUAUUUUUCAAGGAUGGCUCUUAAUGAAUUAGCUGUGCUAAGUGUAUCAGACAAGGCAGGUCUUGUGCCGUUUGCAGAGAAGUUGCAUGGAAUUGGCUUACAACUAGUUGCUUCAGGCGGAACAGCUAGGUCUAUCAGAGAAGCUGGAAUACCAGUCAGAGAUGUUGCAGAAAUAACGAAUGCUCCUGAAAUGCUUGGAGGCCGUGUGAAGACUCUUCAUCCUGCAAUCCAUGCUGGAAUCCUGGCGAGAAGUAUUGAUAGUGAUAUCGCUGACAUGAAGAAGCAGAACUUCGAGUAUAUCAGAUUGGUGGCGUGCAACUUGUACCCGUUUGUUAAGACUGUUUCAAAACCUGAUGUAUUGGUAGGUGACGCUGUAGAACAAAUUGAUAUUGGGGGAGUAACAUUACUACGUGCAGCAGCCAAGAAUCAUUUACGCGUGACUGUUGUCUGUGAUCCGAAUGAUUAUGAGAAAAUAAUAGAAGAGAUGUCCUCAAGUGAAAAUAAAGACACUUUGCUAGAGACAAGAAAGUUGCUUGCAGUGAAGGCAUUCAAUCAUACUGCUCUAUACGAUAACGCGAUCUCGGACUACUUUCGACGUGAAUAUUGCGGAGGAGUAUCCCAAAUGCCUUUGCGUUAUGGCAUGAACCCUCACCAGAAACCAGCUCAGCUGUUCACAUUUGAACCCCAACUUCCUGUCAAGGUUCUUAAUGGAGCUCCUGGCUUCAUUAACAUCUGUGAUGCCUUCAAUGCAUGGCAGUUGGUGAAAGAACUGAAGCACGCCCUUGCUCUUCCUGCUGCUGCCUCCUUCAAACAUGUUAGCCCAGCAGGGGCUGCUGUUGGUGUUGAGCUAAGUCCGGAGCAAGCUAAAUUGUGCAUGGUUGCUGAUAUGUAUGAUAAGUUGACACCCUUAGCAACUGCCUAUGCAAGGGCCCGUGGUGCUGAUAGAAUGUCCUCAUUUGGUGACUUUGUUGCACUUUCUGAUAUUUGUGAUGUGCCAACAGCCAAGAUUAUUUCAAGAGAGGUGUCUGAUGGAAUAGUGGCCCCUGGGUAUGAAGAGGAGGCAUUGGAAAUACUGUCAAGGAAGAAGGGUGGAAAGUAUCUUGUCCUCCAGAUGGAUCCAAGUUUUGAGCCAGAUGUUAUGGAGACCCGUACAUUGUACGGCAUGCAAAUGCAACAACUCCGAAACAAUGGAGUCAUCGACAAAGGAAUGUUUACAAAUAUAGUGACGACCAAGAGAGUUGAUUUACCAGACAAUGCUCUUCGUGAUCUGAUUGUUGCCUCAAUUGCCCUGAAGUACACGCAGUCCAACUCAGUGUGCUAUGCAAGAGACGGACAGGUGAUUGGCAUUGGCGCUGGACAGCAGUCUCGUAUCCACUGCACAAGACUUGCAGGAGAUAAAGCAAACCAUUGGUGGCUGCGACACCAUCCAAAUGUACUUAACAUGGUGUUCAAGAAAGGUGUCAAACGAGCUGAGAUGUCAAAUGUCAUCGAUGUCUACGUCAAUGGAACUGUUGGCCAGGAUAUGAGCACAACAGCUUGGGAGAGUUUGUUAGAGAACCCUCCUGCACAGCUGUCAGAGAGUGAACGGAAGCAGUGGUUGUCAACUCUGAAGGGGGUCUCCCUCAGCUCAGAUGCCUUUUUCCCUUUUAGAGAUAACAUUGAUAGAGCUCAUCAGAGUGGUGUUGAAUAUAUUGCAUCCCCAUCUGGUGCAGCCCAAGAUCAGGUGAUCAUCGAAGCAUGCGAUGACCAUUAUAUUACACUGGUCCACACCAACAUGCGUCUCUUUCAUCAUUAGAACUUUCAAGUUGCCAAUUAUAAAAUGUACUUGUGCCUUUCAUGUUGGUCAUAGAAAUAUGUAUCCUUAAGUUGGUGAUAGAUCGAUUUACAUUUGAAUGUGAUAAAAGAAUUUACCUAUCAAGUUGGUGCUAAAAAUAUCCCCUUCAAUGUGGUAAUUAAAAUAUUAAUGUUCAUUUGAUGUUUAAGAGCUUGAAUUAUAUGGAGUGUGGGUGGGUUAUUGAUUUGUAGAUGUUGUUUCACCAUCAUUCCAAUUGUGCUAAAGUCAAUUGUCAUCAAAUUUUUAUAAAAGCAUGUCUUAUUUUAAUUCAUGGAGUUACUGGACAAUAGCAUCAAUUGCUAUUUGUUAGCAUCAAAAUGUACAAGUAAUACUUCAUGAUAUUUUGGAUUUUCCCAAAUUGUAGCUUGGUAGAGUAUGUCUUUGCUUUAA